AUGUUCUGGAAUCUAUACAGUAUUUAUACCUUAGUAACUACUUUACUUAAUGUUUUAAGAUAUACAUCUAGUUCACCAUUGAAUUCAAUAGAUUAUGUGAAUUCUAAUGAUCAUUCUAAAUUUAACAAUAUCAGUGAUGAAAGUUUAUUAGUAUAUGAUACUUUACCCAUCAUUCCAACAUCAAUUGACUCAUCAUCGCCGCCGUCGUCAGUAUUACUGCCAACAUCACCAACAUCAUUAUCUAUCUCCUCAACAUUACCAAAUGACGAAGAAGAAGAAACACUUCGUUUACAAUUAGCAUUAGCUUUACAAAUUGAUUCAGAAUUGAAUAAAGCAAUGAAUUUAGAGAAUGUUGCUAGUGAAUCAAUUCAACAAGCUAAUUUAUUAAAUAAAGAAGCUAAUGAAGCUAAAUAUCGUGCACAAAUUGCUGAACAUAUGUUGAACUCAUUAAAACAAUUAUGGAAUAUCAUUAAUAGUAAUGAUGAUGAUGAUGAUGAUAAUACAAGUUAUGAGAAGAGAGGAUUUAUAAAAGUACCCAAAAUAAAUCAAGAUUAUUUACUUGAUGAAAAAGUAGGCGGUCAACUUAUUGAUGAUAAUAGAGAGAAACGUAAUCAAGAACAUCGUGAACGACAUCAUCAUCAACAACGUUAUUAUAAUAUGAAGAAAAGGAGGAAUCUCUACAGUAUACCUGAUUACCCUAAUCAUGAAGACGAUGCUGACGAUAAUGAUGAUAAGAAUAUGAUACUCAAUGAUUCUGAACUAACUAUUGAAAAAUUACAUAGAACCAAACAACUCACUUUAGAAAAGAUACGUUUAUUGAUUUUAAGACAAUUAAUCAAACAACAAAGAGAGGCCGAAGAAGAAGAAGAACAAGAACAAGAACAAGAACAAGAACAAGAAAAGGAUAAAGGAAGAACAGGUCAUGAACAACAACGCGACCUUCAUCAUUAUGAUCAUCCUCAUGGUAACAAUAAUAAUGAUAAUCAUUAUGAUGAUCUACAAUUUGAUAGAAAUGAUAUCCCUUUACAAAUGAUGAAUCCCUAUCCAAAUCUUUAUGACAGUUUACAAACUUGGAAAGAAAAGGACAAUGAUGAUGACGAUGAUGAUAGUAAUGGAAUUAAUAUAGAUAUGAAUGAAAGGAAUCGUCAUGGAAUUAUAAAACACCAUCCAUGGAAGUCAUUAUCUCAUUUAAAUUCAUUAGAUAAAGAUGAUUCAAUAGUAUUUAGAUAA